GCACCAUCUUUCAAUUAUAAGAUCUGGGUUUUACACAGCUCUACGAGUACUUACUAUGAGGAGGAGAGGAGGAGAUAGUUUCCGGCGAGCUGGACGGAGGAAGAUCUCGAAUGUGGUCUGGUGGGUUCUCUCUGGUAUUGCCCUCUUGCUCUUCUUUCUCAUUCUCUCCAAAGCUGGUCAUAUUGAACCUAGACCCUCUAUUCCUAAGCGACGUUACCGUAAUGACAAAUUCUUAGAGGGUAUGAAUAUGACUGAGGAAAUGUUGAGUCCUACUUCCGUUGCUCGUCAAGUUAAUGAUCAGAUUGCUCUUGCUAAAGCUUUUGUUGUUAUUGCUAAAGAAAGUAAGAAUCUUCAGUUUGCUUGGGACUUAAGUGCUCAGAUCCGUAACUCUCAGUUGCUUUUGUCGAGUGCUGCUACUAGGAGAAGUCCUUUGACUGUGUUGGAAUCUGAGCCUAUUAUUCGUGACAUGGCUGUUUUGUUAUACCAAGCUCAGCAGCUUCACUAUGAUAGUGCUACUAUGAUUAUGAGGCUUAAGGCCUCGAUUCAGGCUCUUGAAGAACAGAUGAGUUCUGUUAGUGAGAAGAGUUCCAAGUAUGGACAGAUUGCUGCUGAGGAAGUGCCUAAGAGUCUUUACUGUCUUGGUGUUCGUCUCACUACCGAAUGGUUUCAGAACUUAGACUUACAGAGGAACCUUAAGGAAAGGAGUCGUGUUGAUUCGAAACUCACGGAUAACAGUCUCUACCAUUUCUGUGUGUUUUCUGAUAACAUUAUUGCUACUUCUGUUGUGGUUAAUUCUACUGCUCUCAAUUCCAAGGCCCCUGAGAAAGUCGUGUUUCAUCUUGUGACUAAUGAGAUCAACUAUGCUGCGAUGAAGGCUUGGUUCGCCAUUAAUAUGGAUAACCUCAGAGGAGUCACUGUGGAGGUUCAGAAGUUCGAGGAUUUCUCAUGGCUGAAUGCUUCCUAUGUUCCGGUCCUCAAGCAGCUGCAAGACUCUGAUACGCAAAGCUACUAUUUCUCUGGACACAACGACGAUGGGCGCACUCCAAUCAAAUUCAGAAACCCCAAGUAUCUCUCGAUGCUAAACCAUCUCAGGUUCUACAUCCCUGAAGUGUUUCCUGCGCUGAAGAAGGUGGUCUUUCUUGAUGACGACGUUGUAGUUCAGAAGGAUCUUUCCUCUCUCUUUUCAAUCGAUUUAAACAAAAAUGUGAACGGGGCUGUUGAGACAUGCAUGGAGACCUUCCACCGCUACCACAAGUACUUGAACUAUUCUCAUCCUCUUAUACGCUCCCAUUUUGAUCCAGAUGCGUGUGGGUGGGCGUUCGGAAUGAACGUCUUUGAUUUAGUUGAAUGGAGGAAGAGAAAUGUGACCGGCAUAUACCACUACUGGCAAGAAAAAAACGUGGAUCGGACCUUAUGGAAACUUGGCACACUACCUCCAGGACUUCUGACAUUUUACGGGCUAACAGAGGCACUAGAGGCGUCGUGGCAUAUCCUGGGAUUGGGAUACACGAAUGUUGAUGCUCGUGUGAUAGAGAAAGGAGCUGUUCUUCACUUCAAUGGGAACUUAAAGCCGUGGUUGAAGAUCGGAAUAGAGAAGGUCCAUAGUUUUACUUCCACUUCUAGACAGCUAUAUCUUCCACAUUUGGUUACUGAGACACUUGCAAGAGUUUUGUAUGCUCUUGCACCAUCACUUACUGUAUCUUGUAGCAGAGUAACGAUGAAGAGCUGUGAGCAUGAACUACUCAAAACAAGAAGAGGAAAGUCCCGCGAGGUUAGUUCACGUUUUCUCUCCUCUCCGUCUGCAUCUUCUUCUCCUAACCGCAGAAACUCCACUUCUAAUUCAUCUACCAAGAGAGAUGAUCAGAACAACGGUCUGAAAGUUCAUCUUGGCCUGAAAAAGCAUGAUAGGAUGUCAGAUGGCACAAGGGUUUGUUUCGGGUUACCAAACCAAAGUAGCAUAGAAGUUGACACAAAAGAAAAUCGUAGGCCUUCACCGUGGAUGGAUGAUAAGGAUAACGUCAUACUUCCUGGCAGAUUUUCCGUUGAUGAAUGUGCAUUGUACAGAGCAUCAUCAAGGAGAAACUCAUGCUCUCUGCUAUAUGAGUCCUUCAACGAUGAAUCAGACUCAGAGUUGAGCGAUGUUUCCUGUGCUUCAAGACUUAGUACAAAUCGUUCAUCCCGGAACCAUAAACCUGGUAUCAAGGUCUCUUCUAAGUAUCUGCAUGAUUUAACAGCUAAACCGAGCAAAGGCAACAACAAUGUGACCAAAAUAAGGUCACAAGAAGAUUCACAGAGAGCUAAUAGCUUUAGGGGCAUUGAGAAUAGGAUGAAGAGGAAUAAUUCAGUGUCCAGGUAUGGAAGUUCGAUGUCUCAGUGGGCGCUUUCACCAGGAAGGUCAUUGGACACUCAGGCAGUGACAGUUCCAAGUUCAAAACUGAAGCCUCCAAGAGGCAAAGGCGUGGGUAAACUAAUCAACCUUGGUUUCGAUUUCUUCAGGAGCAAGAACAAGUCAUCGCCCUUUACUUCACCACUAAAACCAAAGACAUGUGACACAGAAUCUGCUCAUCAGCUGAAACUUAUGAAUAACCGGUUGCUUCAAUGGAGGUUUGUCAAUGCUAGAGCCUCUGCUGCAAGCAAUAACGUAGCCUCCCAAGAAAAGAAUCAAGUACUCUGUGCAUGGGAUACUCUUACCAAGUUAAAACAUUUGGUUCUGCAAGAGAGAAUCAAAAUGCAGAAGAAAAACCUGGAGAUGAAGCUGAAUUAUGUGCUUCUUUCUCAAGUUAAGCAUCUUGAAGCUUGGGAGGACAUGGAAAGACAACACCUUUCAUCUCUAUCCAUGACCAGAGAUUCCCUGCAUUCUGUUCUUUCUAGGCUUCCCCUCAAAGAAGGUGCAAAGGUGAACUUGGAAUCAGCUGUCACUUUGUUUAAGAAUGCAGAAGCAGUCACUGAUGCUAUCGUUUCAACUGUGAAUAUUUAUGCUCCCACGAUGGAGAGUAUUGUUCCACUUGCUUCCCAACUAGCGGAAGUGGCCACACAAGAGAAACUGAUGCUGGAGCAAUGCCAUGACCUUUUGAGAAUGAUUUCCGAGUUAGAGUUCCAGGAGAGGAGUUUGAAGUGCUGCUUCCUGAUUCAACACAAACAGACUUUCGAUACAAAACUUCGGUAAUACUAGGACUGUUGCUUCCCCUUGUCAAAGCUUUGCGUCUCUGGUUUUUUAAAAGCAACAGUUAGUAUUCUGAGAGCUUAAUAAAGGUUUGUAACUCAA